AUAAUUAUAUGAAAAAUUUGACUGUCUGGACUAUACUAUAACUACAUUUUAGUUGGUUAUCCUGACUAUAAUAUAACUAAACAUUUCGAGCGGUUUGUUUUGAUGCUGAUCGUGCGAUAUUUAAAUACACAUCAAAGUGAUAAAAAAUGUUACCUUUGUCGUUAUUAAGAACUGCUCAAAACCAUCCUAUGCUAGUCGAACUUAAGAAUGGAGAAACGUAUAAUGGACAUUUAGUUAGUUGUGAUAGCUGGAUGAAUAUUAAUCUCAGAGAGGUUAUAUGUACAUCCAGGGAUGGCGAUAAAUUUUGGAGAAUGCCUGAAUGCUAUAUUCGAGGUAGUACAAUUAAGUAUUUACGAAUUCCUGAUGAAGUCAUAGAUAUGGUAAAAGAAGAUGUACAAAUGAAAUCGAGGGGACGUGGAGAAAUGAAAGGAAGAGGACAAAGUCAACGAGGUCGUGGUAGUGGAAGAGGAACUUUUGGUCGUGGUGGUAGAGGCCCUGCUGCUCUUGGUCGUGGUGGAGGUAAUCAAGGAGGAAACAAAUCUCAAAAUAAAGCAAGAACCAAAUGAAAUUAUGUUAUCAUUUUAGUUUACCUAGCAAAUCUUCAAUUUCCUAUUCUUUUUCUCAAAAAUAUUCGUACAAAAUGUAAAAUUAUCACUUUUAUUAUGUAAGUAAUUUUUAUUAAUAUGUAUAAGCAUACAAAUUGAAUACACAGCAAUUUUUGUAACAAAAAUCUAUUAACAAAGUACAGCAAAAAAUACAUUUCUACAGUUUAAUUAUA